UCGAUAUAAAGGCCUGAGCGGCGCGACGCGCGCGCAUAGACGAGGCGCGCGUGCGACGCUCACUUCCUCCCCGCGUUGCCUUGGCGACCACACCAACCGACUAUUGUUUAUACAUUAUUACAUACGAUACGAUAUAGCAAACGAACGAUUUUAUUGAUUUUAUUGAAACAGUGUAGUGUGUGAAGUGAACAUGGUUGAUAGUGAAACGCAAGAUGUGUCGUCGCAGAAGUCCGAGAGUAAGCUGGGCAUGCGUCACCUGAUGGCGCUGAUCAUGUUCCUGGCGACGACGGUGUCGUACGCGACGCGCGUGUCCAUGAGUGUUGGCAUCGUCGCCAUGACGUCCAACAACAGCUACGGGUACCCGGUGUUCGACUGGCCCCGCAGUAUCCAGGACACGAUCCUGUCGUCAUUCUUCUGGGGCUACAUAGUGCUGCAGAUCCCGGCGGGGUACCUCGCCGGACGGUUCGGCGGCAAGUACCUCAUGCUCGUCUCCAUGGCAACCACCGGGGUCGUCAACUUGCUGCUGCCUAUCGCUGCUAUCAAGGGUGACUACAUGGCGGUGUGCGCGUGCCGCAUCGUGAUGGGCGUGGCGCAGGGGCUGCUGUAUCCCAGUCUGCACGGCGUGCUCGGCCACUGGGUGCCCGUGUCCGAACGCAGCCGGCUCGGCACCUUCGUCUAUGCUGGCGCUCAACUCGGUACCAUCAUCGAGCUGAUGACGUCAGGCGCGUUGUCAGCCAGUCGCUUCGGCUGGCCCUCCGUCUUCUACGUAGCUGGCAUCACCUGCAUCGUGUGGUCCAUCGUGUGGCUCAUAGUGGGAGACUCCACGCCCGCUUCCAGUCGGUGGAUCUCCAAGAAAGAGAGGAAGUACAUCGAAAUGAAUUCUGGCUCUAAUGAACUAGGACAUGGUAAAAUGCCUACACCCUGGCUGAGUAUCCUAACAUCGCUUCCAUUCUGGGCCAUUUUGCUGGCGCACAGUGGACAGAACUUAGGAUUCUGGACACUCCUCACUGAACUACCUUCCUACAUGAACCACGUUCUAAAUGUGGAUAUCAAACAGAACGGCCAGUUAUCUGCUCUGCCGUACAUUGCUAUGUGGCUCCUGAGUUUCUUCUUCAGCUGGUUGGCAGACUUCCUCGUCAACAGAAACAUUAUCCGACUAGUCACAUCCAGGAGAAUAUUCAAUACUAUAGCGCAAUGGGGUCCUGCGGUGGCUCUGCUUGGGCUGUCGUACCUGCCUGCUGGCAACCUGUCUCUGGCUGUGAUCAUCCUCACCGUCACUGUCGGCCUCAACGGCGCUCACUACGUCGGGUUCAUGUUGUCCCACAUUGACCUGUCUCCGAACCACGCGAGUACAAUGAUGGGCUUCACCAACGGCAUCGGAGCCAUCUUCUCGAUCCUCGCACCUCUUACCGUCUCCUUCGUCGUUGAAGACGAGACGAGUGCUGAUGACUGGCGGAAAGUGUUCUUCAUCUCGGUGGCCUUCUACUUCUUAGCGAACCUGUUCUACCUUCUGUUCAUAUCUGCUGACGUGCAGGAGUGGAACGAUCCUAAACCAUCCAAACCUAUUGAAGAUGGAGAAAAGAAAGUAGAAGACAAGAAUGCUGAGAAGAACCCUGAGAAGAACACGAAUAAUGUCGGAGAACACAAGUUUUGAUGUAAAGUGAUGUGAAUGUAAGAACUAGUCAUAAUGUUAGUGCGAGAAGAGAGCAACCCGUGGCACCUCGCAUGUUGAGUCUACCAGCAAUAUCGUGUAAUGAGUACAUACAUAAUGGAACAUCUUAUAGUGAUCAGAUAUCGCUGUAAUUAACAUGGAAAUUGUAAUCGGUGUCUGAAUAACUGGAAGUAUGGCCACUGGAAGUACUGCUCAAGGUAUUGACAUAAUAAGACAUAAUAUAGCCUGUGAUACGUUUGGAAGAAGUUACCUUCACACCAACAGUUUAACUGCAUGUGGUAUUAUGUUGCCUAUGAUAUAACAUCAUUGUCUAUCGUAUUAGGUUUUCAGCGGAACCUUAAAGACGGAUGAACGUAAAUAUUACGUCAAUAAUCACUUUUACCUUUCUGAUAAUAAGACGAUUUGUUUUUGUUAUAUUUUAUGUCUAAAUUCAAAAUAAUGUUUAUAUUAAACGUCCAAGUUUGCCAUACAUUCCUAGAACCAGAGUAUUUCUUCAAUUUAGGUACAGUACAAAUAAUUCAGACAUUCUUGUAAAUAUUUUUGCUCAAUAACAUGUCUAAUUAAAACGUAAUGUAUGUCAGUCGGAGCUUCACGUCAUAAUUGUGUAGGACUGCCUACAGGCUGUCACAGUAACGUUUUCACAAAUCAAAUGAUAAUUAAGUUAUAAACAGAGCGACGUUUAUGAGACAAAUUAUUAUUUUGUUGCGGAACUUUGUGGGUUUUGUCACAACCCACGUCAAUUAGCAUGGAUAAAUUACGUCUUCCCUUUGAAAAAGGGAUAUUUUGUACCUACUUUUAUUUCUACAUAAUUUUUAAUCAGCAAAAUAAUCUAAUAAAUAGUUAAUUUAAUUAAACUUAAUUAUACCGAAAAACAGUGAAUGUAACGGAAACCAAAGAGGAUUCUGUAAAUCUGUAAUCGUUACCAGUGCCUUCUAUGUCAUAAUUUAUUUGUAAAUAUUUAUUAAACUACAUAAUUAUGAUUACUUUUUAGGUUAAGUUUAAAUAAAUAUUUUUUGAUUUUAA